AUGACAAUACAAACCAACACCAUCACGCAGACGGGAACAGUUCCCUCUUCCUUCUUCGAGACAGCCCCAUAUAUUGCUCCCGAUGCUAUCUUUGCUCUCACAGCAGAGUACAAUGCCGACACAUUCCCCCAGAAAGUGAACCUCGGGCAAGGGACCUACCGAGAUGAGAAUGGACAGCCAUGGGUUCUGCCUUCCGUGCGGAAGAGUCGCGAGCUGCUCGUUGAGCAGGGUCUGAAUCAUGAGUAUCUUCCAAUCUUGGGUCUUCAGGCGUUUCGCCUGGAGGCGAGUAAGAUGGCAUUAGGCUCUGGACUCUACGAGAAAAUCCAAUCUAGGCUCGCAACCUGCCAAGGCCUCUCCGGCACUGGAUCUCUGCAUCUAGCAGGCCUACUUCUCCGAAGUUGCCGUGCACCGUUACCAAAGAUAUACAUCCCCAGUCCCACAUGGUCAAACCAUCACCAAGUCUUUUCCUCUCUCGGGUUUACCUGCGAAUCGUUCGGAUACUACGAUGACGCUCAGAAGAACAUAGACAUCGACAGCUACUACUCUGCCCUUAAACGGGCGGAACCAGGCUCUGUCGUCAUCCUUCACGCGUGCGCGCAUAACCCCACCGGCUGCGAUCCUAGCAAAGAGCAAUGGAAGGAAGUCGGUCGUAUUGUCAAAGAGAAGGGACUAUUCCCUCUCUUCGAUGCAGCAUACCUUGGUUUCAAUUCGGGCAAUAUCGAUGAUGACGCUUUUGCCAUUCGGUAUUUUGUUGAUGAAUUGGACCUGGAGGCAGGUGUUUGUUUGUCUUUUGCGAAGAAUAUGGGGUUAUAUGGAGAGCGCACGGGCUGUCUAUUCUUCGUAGCUCGGACAGACAAAGCCGCGACAAACACACAAUCAGUGCUCGAGAUGCUGCAACGGUCUGAAGUCUCGAAUCCGCCCGCUUAUGGAGCCAAAAUUGCUGCUACAAUCUUGGCGGAACAGGAGCUUAAGGCACUCUGGUAUAGAGACCUCGAGACCAUGAGUGGUCGUAUCCGGGCGAUGCGGAGGGCCCUGUACGAUUCGUUGAACAGCAAUGGCGCGCCUGGUAACUGGGACCAUUUGAUCCGCCAGUCGGGUAUGUUUGGUUUCUUGGGUCUUGCUCCGGAUGUGGUCCAGAAGCUGAAGGUGCAAUACCACAUCUACAUGGCGGCCAACUCGCGAGUCUCUAUAGCCGGGCUCAACGACGGGAAUGUGGAUUACGUCGGUCGCUCGAUUGCCGAGUGUCUGAAGAGCAACUAG